AUGGAAUCUCCGCGAGACCCAGCACGAGAGUCGGAUGAUGCCAACGACAUUGCAUUGGCCGCAUUUUGCAUCGCAUUCGCUCAAUCACCUCCCGCCGAUCUCCCUCAAAAGCUUAUACUUGGCAUGAAUUGGUACCAGCAGCACACCAGCCGCGACCGCACUCCUGGGUCCGCAUCCUCCUCGUCCUCCGAGCCCACUUCGCCAUCGCUGGGUCUGCCCUCCGCCUAUCUCGACCCAUGGCCCGCUUCGCCGUCUACGCCCGCCUCGAACCAGGAUGUGCUGUCGUCCGUCUUGAAGGUCCGCAAAGCCUGGAAAACCCUGCGUUCGGGGGAAACCGUUUGGCCGCUGGAAUUGGAAGCAGCGUUGAUCGAAGGGCUCGAGCGCUACCAGCCCGAGGACUGCAGAGAAACCCGCAUGCUCGGACGCUUCCCCCGCCGGAAUCGCUUUAUCUCCGAGUACAUAUUCGGGAAAACGGGCAAGUGGCGGUCCGCUAAGCAGGUCGGCAGUCGGCUCCAGCAGUUACGGGAGUCGUGUGGGGGGGAUCAGGAACAUCUGUUACAUCUCUUGUUCCCGUUUCGGGACUCUGAUGGCGGGGCAGGGGAAAUGCCGGCCCCGACCUCCUCGAACAGCCACAUUCCGAGCGAGACGAUCUGCAUCGACCUGGUCCCGCCUGGGUCCGUCUACGGACAGCAGCGGACGGCAUCAGCGUGGGCGGAUAGCCCCGACGUCAUUCGCGUCUCUGAUAUGCCGCGCCGCAUCACAUCCAUCAAUCCUCUCGUGUCGUUCUCCUCCCCCACUCCGAUCGCCGCGCAUUCCCGCUUUACGGUCUACGCUGAGGACGCGAUCGUGCAUGCUGAGACGGUCCCGCUCGAGUUCCUCCCCGUGCACGACCCGCGCACGUCCGCCGAGGACGAGCCGCUGUUUGUCUACACGGCCCGGCUGAUUCCCAAGUACUGGUCGUCCAUCGCGCAGAGCACAGAUCCGACGCGAUUUGUGAUAUCGCAGGAGGUGUACAAGGAAGGGAACAGCGCGGCAGUGAUUUACGCGGCGACGUACAACUUCGCCUACGCACAGCCCCCGACGACAUCCGCUUCUGUGUCCUCCGAGAUGUCCGCACCACAACUUGGGUACGGGGGCCAUGCGCACACCGGAGUCGGCUCCAUGCCGGACAUUCUGGGCAGAAAACCACACCAUCACAAUCAAAAUCAAGGCCAGCGGCGAGCAUCGACGUACAGCAACAGCGAUAACACAUGGGCUGCCACCCCCCACGCACAUUCUUACGGACAUCUUCAAAUCUAAGUCCAUUCUUCUGCGCUGGGAUCGUGCGAGUCGUGUCGCGGCGGAGAGUUGUCACAUACCCCGGAACAUGUGUGUACUUACCUAUCUGUAUAGAACUGUUAAUUAGUCAUCUGUAAUUCGUUUCGCAUUUUGCGUUCUGUGCUUUCUUUUCGGAUCUCUUCCUCCGCUGGGAAUGUCACGGACUCGAUUCCAACUGGGUCUGGAGAUUUCCUGGAUGCGCACCAAUCGGAAAAGGAGGCGUGUGAGAACGCCUCGUUCCAUUGUUUUCCCUACCAAGAAUCUCUGUCUCUGCCAUCUCGAUCGAUGACUUGUACUUUUGCAAGCAAUGCUGCAAAAAUCCAUAGAAAGACGUGAUUUGUUUGCGUGUGCUUGCCUCCCUUCGGCGCGUCUAUCAUCCCACGUGACCCUACUGUCUCUCUCUGCUUUCAUCUCGUUCUUUGCUCCCUAGCGACUCUCUGGACUUUCAGAACCUGUAAAACGCCCACGGUUGAACUAGCUUGGUUCAAAUCAAGUGGCAAACCCUGGGCGUGGGGUCUGGAGGAAUCCAGACGGUCUAGACUCUGCUGUGGCUGUGCCCUGCUACACUACGGGGCCCGGAUAGUGUCUGUGCUCUGCUCCACGAGGGCUGUCUAGUCCCUGCUCAUCUGCCUGGUCCCUGUCCAUGGACAACGACAGAUGAGCUUGGGACCAAUUCGGACGCAGCUCUCGCCUUUCCUGGCCUCUAGACCUAGUUGACAAGAUAGCCUAUGCGAGCCUAUCUAGUCUAAUUUUAAUCCAAGCUCGAGUGGUGGUCACUAACUGCAAUUUCUUGACCUUCCUUUCUCCAUCCGCUCUCCUCUGCUGCUUCGUCUCACCUCAAUCCUCCGUCCUGUAGAUCACCUCCAAUCACGUCACGAUUCCCCUCUCCUGCACCCUCCGUCAUCUGGCGGUCCCCCAUCUGGCGGUCCUCUAUUUGCACUGGGUACACAACCCCAUCUAGCUCUGGAAACGGCUAGCCCACUUGCCAUAACUCGGAUUGCGCGUGUCCGGCGAUCCGGGGUGUCGACUCCGUGCUCUUGGAUGGCGAAUGGAAGCCUCCUGCAGGAGCGCGGCGGCCGCUUGGGCCGGUACCGGUGCCCAGCGGCUGGAUCAUAGGUGGCAGGUUGGCUGUACGUGGUGGCGAUAAGAAGCGGCGCCGGGGUGGGCGUGAGUGGUGGUGGUGGCUUGUGCCAAGCUGGUGGUGCUCCCCGAUGGAGUGGAGGGAGUCGGACGGAGGAACUCCAGCGGAGGUGGUGGAGACGUAUCGCCGGGUGACCAAGACAUGGAGCCUUCGUCUCGAUGUUCUCCAUUAGGCACAGCACUUGGCCUUGGGCGAGGCGCAUUCGGCGGAGAGGAUGUAGUACCCCGUUCCAUGACUAGCAAGGCGAGCCGUCGAUUGUUCGAGUCUGAGGCCCUCGUAUGCUGUACCAGCCGCUUUCUUCUUCGCCGAUGCCUGCAUGAGCCUGAAAAUGAUCCAAGCUGACUCUCGCAGAUCCAGUAUACAAUUAUCCACGCCGAUCAUGUUUCUGUAUUCUCUCGCGAAGCACAGUGGCUGUGCCGAGAUUUUCGCUCUCUUAUCUUUGCUGAGCUCGGUCCCGUUCCUUGUCUUACGUCGUUUCGCCCGCUUCUUGGAAAUUGUUCUGGAGAGGUGGUCGAUGAGUGCAGCCGCUCACGAGCG